GGGUUUUUCUUAGCCGAGGCAAACAAUUUCCGGCAAUUAAUACCGGGCUUUCCUUGCACUCAAAUUUACAAAUUUCACUGCUUUUCACUUUUUGUCCGUGAAAUUUUUUCGAAGUGUCUUUCGAAACGGUUGACGUGCUCCAAUUUUUUUUGCAUCAUUCUUGUUUUCAGACAUGAAGCGAGGAAAAAUGGAUGGAGGUGAUGAAGACAAGAGAACUGAGAGACGGUCGCGAUCACCGAAACGCGAUGAUUCCAGGGCAUCUAGUUACAGAUCUCGAAGAACUGAAGACGGCGAAAUUCGAACUUCGUCUCGAUCUGAAAGAAUGAGUACGAGUUCGAGGUCCAGCAGUAGGAGCGUGAGGGAACAUUCCAGGGACCGAAAUGUGUCUCGUCGGGAUCCGAGGGAUUCCCGCAAUUCUCGGACCCACCGCCGAUCCCGUUCCCGAUCCAGGUCCAAUUCCCGCUCGCGGGAUCGGGAUCGCGAUCGCUCGGCGUACUCGCAACGCAGCAACUAUGGCAGCCAUCCCGGCUCGAAUCAAAAUGGCGGAUAUCAAGCGAACCGCGGCGGGAGCUGGAACUACAACCGCGGGUACUAUAACAACAACAAUCGGGGCUACAACAACCGCUCGAGAGGUUACGGACAGCACAAUAGUGGGUACAAUAAUAACUGGAACAACCGCCGAGGUUAUCAGAACUUCCAAGGCAACAAUAAUGGAAGCAACCCGGGGUCGUGGAGUCACGGGCCACGUGGUGGACACCAGCAGUCCUCUGGUUACAGAUACAACCAGGAUCAUGGCAGGGAUGAUCAGCGGAGGGAUGAUCGAGAGCGGGAUCGUGGCAGGGACAGAGAGAGGGAUUCGUCCCGAAGCACAACGCAAGAACAACGGGAAGAUCCCCCGAGGGAAUCCAAGCGCAGAUCCCCGAUUGCUUCGCCACCGAAGCCUGAACCACCAGCUGAGGAGCCGUUUCCAGAUGUCGCCUCUUUCCCUACUGUAUCGGAAGGCGAGAGCCAGCUUACAGUGCCACCAAGCGGAGAGCAUAAGAAACGCCGGAAACAUUCUCGAAAACGACGAUCUAGUUCCAGGCGUCAUAAGUCCAAGAGAAGCUCGGAAGUGGCGGAAUCUGGGGAACCGAUUCUGAAAAGUGGCUCUGAAAGUGACUCUGAUUCUGAAUCAACUUCUUCGUCCUCUUCCUCGUCUUCAUCAUCUUCUUCCUCCUCUUCAUCUGAGGAAGAGCGGAAGCGACGCAAAAGGAAGAGCAAGAAGAAGAAGGCAAAACAUGCCAAGAAGAAGGCUAAGAAAGCUAAGUCGAAGCGUAAGCGCUGAUGAUGCAGAAUGAAUGGAUUUGGAGAAAAAUGCGACAGCAAUUUGUUGUUCUUGAGCACAUGUUUUCACAGGAGAUACAAACGCGCGAGAAGAGGACUGAAGUGUGGGCACUGUUACACGAAAAAAGAGUCGUUGAACGUUUCUGAAUAAAGGAGAUGAAAAAUUCAACAAA